AGUUCUGGUCAGAAGCUACUUAUCUGCAGACCUGAGGGCUCGACUUGGAUUAUUUUUGUUAAAGAGAGAUAAGAUGGAGCCAAUCCACUCAGAGAUUUAAAGACAAACAACAAGAUCUGGAAGUGGAUUCUACGACGUACUGGUAACCAGUGGGAAAAGCUGGAAAAAGCUGGUGUUGAGAUUAGGGAAAAUAUUUUGCUGCUAUUUUUAUAAUCAUCAUUACCAUUCCAUUAAUAACAGUAUUGAUAUUGCAUUCAGAUGUUCAAACAUCUAAAACUCAGUUUAUUGGAGAAGCAACAUGGCGCCUGUGUUCGGCUUGGCCGCUGUUGCUGCUCCGUGUUUUCGUCGACUGCUUCAGUAUAUUGUUUUUUAUCUUGUCAUCUCAUCCGUGAUAUAUCAUGAAGGUCUAUUUGCUACUCGGAUCUACAGUUCACAUACAUUGUUGAGUAUCAAAAUAUGUAUGGAAAAAACUUUUGACAGCUGGCAGAGCUACCACCAGGCUUUCCCUCCGCCGUUUGUCUGCCCCCCUCCCUCUCCCGACUACAGGUAUCUGUUCUUAGCUCCAAACAAUAACCCAGGAGCAAAAAUAAGGUUAAGGAGAUCGUGUAGAAGGGGCUGUAGGUCUGGUGUCCAGGCUAAAAGGAAACACGACCGACAGAGGGGAUUUCCUCCGCUCCAUGGUAGAGAACGUCUCCGGUAUUUGGUACCGGUUCCCCUGCAGGACGCGGAUAAGGCCGAUCGGUUACCGCCUACUCGGCUUUUCAUCACGGGCGAACAGAACGAUUACCUGGAUCGGUGUCUUGUCUGGAGAUGCGGGAUGUUUUCACCUUGGCCUUUCAUUCUACAAGACCACAGUUCCACAGCUAGGGGUACCGGGAGACUACGUCCUCUUUCCAGGUGUCUGCUGUCAAUUCCCCGUCAAUCAGCUGUUGAUGACGUCAGCCUGUCACCUCCGCUUCAGAUCGCUCUCCUAAACGCUCGCUCCAUAGCCAACAAAUCAUUUGUACUGAAUGACUUUUUUAGCAGUAAUAGUCUGGACUUCAUGUUUCUCACGGAAUCUUGGCAGCAGGAGAAUGAAUUUAUCCACCUUAAUGAGCUCUGCCCGGUCGGCUGUCGCUUCAUCGGGACUCCGCGCUUGGACCGUCGUGGUGGUGGUCUGGUCACCGUUCACCGAGACAAUCUCGCUUGCAGGACUAUGGACUCUGAGUUUUUCCCUUCCUUUGAGUCACAACUUCUUAAGGUGAUGGAGAGCUCAGAUGAUGACCCCGCCUACGUGGUCAAAUUCAAGUCUACAUUCAGACCAGACCUGGAGACACGCAAACAAAAUGCCAACAUUGUAUAUGUGAAAGCUGCUGCUGCACUGGAGCCAGAUUCAAGGAGCUCAGGUGUUUACCCAGAUCUUACUGAACUUACUGAAGGAACAGAGGGUUGUUGGAGGGAAACCUGUGGAAGCAACAACAUCCGAGCCACCAGAGAAAAAGUUGGUCCUAUUGGUGCUUCAUCAGAGUGUGAACAGGAGGAAGACUCAGCUGAGAACAGUGUGGUGGAUACAGAGCAGAGCCCACCAUCAGUACAGAGGCCUGUCCAUUAGAGUGCUGCUCCAAACAUGCAGCACAUGUACUUGGCCACAGCUGCAACAUCUGUACCUGUGAGAGCUUGUUCUCUGUUGCUGCUCAUAUUGUACAGAAGAAGAAAGUUUCUUUAUGAUCAGAAAAUGUCAAUGAGCUUGUGUGUCUUAGCAGCUGGCUCGGUGCAGAGGAGGAAGAACAUGUCAAGUCAGAGGAAGAUAAAUGCAGUUCAUGUUGUCAACUCAACCUGGACUAUUGAAAGAGUUUUUCUUUGUCUUGUUUCUGACUGAGAUUCUCCAAAGGAAAUCCAGUACAAACACACUUCACACACUCAAAGUCCUGCACAGUAAAUGAGCUGAUGAGCGUUUGUGCUGCUACCUGAUAACAGAAAAAUAGUUCUGCUGGUUCCUGUUCUGAAAACACAUAUUUAUAAAUGUUCACUUGCUGUUGAUCAAAGCUGCCUGUUAUAAUGUUAUGAUGGUGGCUCUGGACUCUGAGGGGAACUUUGUAAAAAACUAGAUCAAAUGUUAACGUCCUGGCAGAGGCAAAGAACUUUGAUUUGGUAUUUGAUUAGAUUAGAUUCAUGUUUCAGCUCAGAUUGACAGAAAUAUUUGAACUGCUGCUGUGUUAAAGGGAACACUGCUGUUAGAAAGCACCUGAUUUGUUUCUGCACACUGAAUGUUGCACUUCUCAUACUGCAGUACUAUUAAAAUAAGUACACAAUACACUACUUUUGAAUUCAUGAUUGAAUGUUGCUGUAACAAAGCCAUUAAUGGUGAUUCAAAGUGUUCAUGGUUUCCCAGCAGAACAAAUGAUUGUACAAGUGUGACUGAUCCACUUUCUAAUGUGUGUGUAGCCCACACUGUGUGUCACUGUGUCACAGGUGAGUCUGUGUAUCCAGGUUCUAUGAGGAGAACAGGAUAUAGUGACUGAGUCCAGCAGCUUAAAGUCUGACUCCAUCCUCCAUUUAAAUAACUCACACCAACAACUGAACAGCUUUGCCUUUGUGCAGCUGACACUUCAUUUUAAUGUCCUUCUAUUCUGGUUCAUCUGGUUUCAGUUUCUAUAAGCACACAGGUUUCAUCAGUGACUCUGUGACCUCAGUAAUCUUUGCUGGGCCUUAAUGCUCUGAACAAAGCUGCACAUCACAAGACUAAAUAGAAACAGUCUUUCAUUUCUCACUGCUGUUUGACUUCAGCUCUCAAUGUCCCACCAUAACCCAUGGAAAGAAUUACUGUCCAUCCAGGCUCCUGAACAUGAAGCUGAUGAAGGUGGAGUAUUGUGAGGGCUGAUGGAGAUGAUGAUGAGGAAUCCAGGAGCAGUGGGUGGAUGGCAGCAUCAGCAUGAAGGAUCAGUGUGAGAACACAUCAUCAUCCACAAAGAAAACCAGUCUGA